UCAUGGGGCGGUCGCCUUGCUGUGAGAAAGCUCACACCAACAAAGGUGCUUGGACUAAGGAUGAAGAUCAACGCCUCAUCAAUUACAUACGAGCUCACGGCGAGGGGAAUUGGCGCUCUCUCCCUAAAUCUGCAGGAUUGCUGAGGUGCGGAAAGAGCUGCAGGUUGAGAUGGAUUAAUUACCUGAGGCCUGAUUUGAAAAGGGGGAAUUUCAGUGAAGAAGAAGAUGAGAUCAUUAUCAAACUCCAUAGUUUGUUGGGAAAUAGAUGGUCUCUUAUAGCAGGGAGAUUGCCGGGAAGAACAGAUAACGAGAUCAAAAAUUAUUGGAACACGCACAUCAAACGCAAGCUUAUUAGCAGCGGCGUGGAUCCGCAAACGCACCGCCCUAGAAGUUCAGGUCCUCCGUCCAAGGACAACUCGUCGUCGGCGCACGACAGUACCACGACGGAGGAGGAGAGCUGUGUGGAUUUGGAGCUGUCGAUUGGGCUGCCUUCGCACUCGCACUCGUCUAAGUAUAUGAAGAGUGCUUCUUCCUCCUCAGCUGAGUCUAAGUCGAUCCACGACUUCUUGUGGCCUUUGGGUUUUUAGAAGGGUAUUGGAUUAUAUUUAAUGAUUGUUUAUUGUAGAGUUUUUUUUUUAAUGUAAUUUAGAUAUUAAUUAAGGUUUUAUUACACAAUUCAAGUUAAGCAUUAUUCUAGCCCUGAAUUAUGUUCAGGUUAAUAGUAUUUAAUUAAAUAAACAAGUAAUCAAUUCAUUUUGUUUUCUACCUA